AUGCAGAUAAAGUAAUAUACCUGUUAUAUCCUUUGGUUUGUCAAUAUAAACACUAAGCAAUAGAUACAUUUAACCAAAAGCUACUAACACCGGUUUAUUGGUAAGCAAGGUUGCAAUGUUUACAAAUCAUUUUGACAGCUGAGCUUCGUCGCUGAAAAUUGACGUAAUCGGUCACGUUAUCUCUCAGCUGCUCACAGCAUCCCGUGAAAGAGAAGAUUCGGCAAAAUAAAAUACAAAUAAAAUAUACGGUUAGAAUUUUGGGGAUAUGAGGACAGACGUUCACUAAACGGUGUGUCGGUUGGUGGAGCUGUCAACUGUGAGUCUGAAGUGGACACUGGAGCAGUGAGCAGUCAUGAGGCCACUGAGAGACGCCCAGCUAGGGGCCUUCACCUUCUUUGCCUCGGCUCUCCCCCACGAUGUGUGCGGGAGCAACGGCCUCCCCCUCACCCCCAACUCCAUCAAGAUCCUGGGCCGCUUCCAGCUGCUCAAGACCAUUACCCACCCCAGGCUCUGCCAGUACGUAGACAUCUCCAGAGGGAAGCAUGAACGACUUGUUGUUGUAACGGAACACUACGAAAGCAGUCUAAAUGAUUUCCAGAAACAGGUUCAAACUGUCAGCCCAGAGAGGGUUCUCCAGAUAGCCUAUGAGGCCUUGGAGGGACUAGAGUUUAUGAACAAACAUGGGAUGGUUCACAGAGCCCUCAAUGCACAGAAUGUCCUCAUGGAUGGCAAGGGCAAGGUGAAGCUGGCUAAGUUUGGGCUCUAUUACAUGACAGACCAUGGGGCGGAUGUGGACUUUCCUAUUGGGUACCCAUCCUAUCUGGCUCCAGAGGUCAUCGCCCAGGGCUCAGUCCACUCUCGUGACCCCUCCCAGGGGGAGAACCCUCUUCCCUCGGGGCCCAAGACAGACGUGUGGUCCCUGGGAGUCCUGCUCUUUGAGCUGUGUGCAGGUAGAAGACUACUGCAGAACAUUGAAAUAAGCGAGAGAUUGAAAUUCAUCAUCACCUUGGGUUGCAUUGACGACAUAGUCACAGUCCUUGCAGAGGAGCACGGAUGUUUGGAUGCGAUUAGGGAGCUGCCUGAGAACGUCCUAACAUUAUUAAGGAAAUGCCUGACCUUCCUGCCCUCCAGAAGACCCACCCCUGCAGAGCUGCUGGUUGACCCAGUGUUUGAGGGCGUGUCGUGUCUCUACGCCCCAUUCCAGCAGCCCGUCGGGCUGUUCUCCUCCUCCCUGCGCUGUGCCCACCUGGAGCUACCAGAGGACAUCAGCCAGCUCUGCAAAGAUGAUGAUGAGGAGUACCUGGGGGAGAGGGCCAUAGACGAGGUGUACCACCUGUGGUGUUUGGCGGGAGGAGACCUGGAGAAGGAACUGACCAACAAGGAGAUCAUCCAGUCCAAGCCUCCCGUCUGCACCCUGCCCAAUUUCCUGCUGGAGGACGGGGAGUCGUUUGGCCAAGGCAGGGACAGGAGCUUCCUCCUGGAUGACACCACCGUCACACUGUCUCUGUGCCAGCUGAAGAACAGACUGAAAGAUGUGGCAGGAGAGGCAUAUUACCCUUUAUUGGAAGACGAACAGUCUAGUCUGUCCCAGUCCAACAGCAGCAAUGAGCUGUCUUGCACCGUCAUGCUGCCACUCAUCAUCAGGGAGAGGGACACAGAGUACCAACUCAUCCGCAUCAUCCUCUUCGACAGGCUCCUCAAGGCAUACCCAUACAAGAAGAACCUGGUGUGGAAGGAGGCGAGGGUGGACAUUCCUCCUCUCAUACGUGGACUGGCCUGGGCUGCUCUCCUGGGAGUCGAGGGGGACAUUCAAGCCAAAUAUGACAGCAUUGAUAAGGAUACCCCUAUACCCACUGACAGACAGAUUGAGGUGGACAUCCCUCGCUGCCACCAGUAUGACGAGCUGCUGUCCUCGCCACAGGGCCACAGGAAGUUCAGGCGUGUGCUCAAGGCCUGGGUGGUGUCUCACCCUGACCUGGUCUACUGGCAGGGUUUGGAUUCACUUUGUGCACCAUUCCUCUGGCUGAAUUUCAACAAUGAAGCCCUGGCGUACGCCUGCAUGUCGGCCUUCAUCCCCAAAUACCUGUACAACUUCUUCCUGAAGGACAACUCUCACGUUAUCCAAGAGUACCUCACCGUCUUCUCCCAGAUGAUCGCCUUCCACGACCCGGAGCUCAGCAACCACCUCAAUGAGAUCGGAUUCAUACCUGACCUCUAUGCCAUUCCGUGGUUCCUCACCAUGUUCACACACGUCUUCCCCCUACACAAGAUCUUCCACCUGUGGGACACCCUGCUCCUGGGGAACAGCUCCUUCCCCUUCUGCAUCGGCGUGGCCAUCCUGCAGCAGCUCCGAGACCGCCUGCUGGCCAACGGCUUCAACGAGUGCAUCCUGCUGUUCUCCGACCUGCCAGAGAUUGACAUUGAGCGCUGCGUCCGGGAAUCCAUCAACCUGUUCUGCUGGACUCCCAAGAGCGCCACUUACCGCCAGCACGCCCAGCCUCCCAAGGCCCAGGGAGACAGCAGCACCAAUGGCUUCGGCAAGACGGCCAACUACUACUCCUCAGACUACCAGGACAUGCCCAAGACAGACCUGUCGCGGGAGCCCUUGGCGCUGAGUGACCUGAAAGCCGAGGUGUCCCCCCGUAUCUCAGCCGAGGACCUCAUUGACCUGUGUGAGCUGUCGGUGGGGGGUCAAACCAAGAGGAGCAAGGCCAGCAAGCCUAAGAUCCUUGCCGUCGACAUCCGCAGCAUCGAGGACUUCGGCAGAGGCCACAUCUCGGGCAGCAUCAGCAUCCCCUACAGCACGGCGUUCUCUCCGGACGGGGAGCUGGUGCAGUGUCCCGCCACCGGCACCCUCCAGAGCUUCAGGGGACGUGUCAUCGUGGUCAUCAGCCACGCCAUGAAGAGCGCCGCCAUGUUCGCAACCCACCUGGUGAAGGUAAACUACCCGCGGGUGACCACCCUGGAUGGAGGCAUCAACAAGAUGAAGCCCACGGGCCUCCUCACUGUCCCCUCCCCCCAGAUCUGAUUAGAGACCACACCCACCAGCUGCCAGACAAACUCGGUCCCGCCCACACAAACAAAAGGGAACCACUCAUUCAUCGUCUACCAACGGGCAUUCUUUUUAUUUUAUUUUAAUAAACUUAUCGUAAGAAAAAUAUGAAAAUAUUUGCUUGUGUUUCUGUAUAUUGUUUUAGAUUUUAUAAUUUCAUGUAACAGUCCUUUUUGUAUUCUUAUGUUGCAGUACUGUAUGUAUGUCACAGCAUUAAAAUGACUGAGAUCAGCUCCUCACUGUA